AUGGCCGAAGAGGCUCACCGGCGAUACGCAGAAAUCAUGCGUGAUGUUGAGAUGAUGAUUGAUGAUCAUAGUAUGUUCCAAUCUCACUGCUCGCCAACCCAUGAUCCCAACGGACAUAGACCUAUCCCGUCGUUUGAGGCGCCGAGUGUAGUUACUGACCUCAUCGCCUAUCCAGUACUGCGACAAAAGCAGAACCAAAGCCAAAUACAAGGGCCAGAUGGCACUAUAGCCGCGAUCAUAUCUCCCAUGCCAUCAAAACUAGGCAUGUUGGUCCCAACAGCUGGACCAUUCUUUACGAGAUUGCCCUUGGAGGCUGCCUUCAAAUACCAGGAUCGCAAACGAUACAUCUCGUCUAGACGAUAUGUCGCCCCGUCAUUCAACGAUGUGCGUCUGGUGCUGAACUCGGCACAAGUCAUGGCUGUAACUGGCGGCGCCUUGCAGCUUGCUACAUUUGAUGGUGAUGUGACUUUGUACGACGAUGGAGAAAGCUUGGAGCCGUCGAGCCCCAUUAUCCCUCGACUUCUUGAUUUGCUACGCAAGAACAUCAAGAUUGGCAUUGUAACGGCUGCCGGCUAUACUACCGCUGAUCGAUACUAUGACCGUCUCCAUGGUCUGUUAGAUGCCAUCGCGGCCUCUCCCGACUUGGACGAAACUCAGAAGCGAAGCCUUGUUAUUAUGGGCGGCGAAGCCAACUACCUCUUUACAUACGAACCGUCUUCGCCUCACCGUUUGGCACCAGUUCCUCGGGCACAGUGGCUCACUCCAGAAAUGGCAACUUGGUCCGACGCAGACAUCGCUGCUCUCUUGGACGUGGCGGAAUCAGCAUUGAAGGACUGCGUUCGUACAAUGAAUCUUCCAGCCACUAUUGUGCGCAAGGAUCGUGCGGUUGGCAUCAUUCCUUCGGAACCUCAUAUUCGAAUCGCACGCGAGAGCCUCGAGGAGACAGUGCUGGUGGUACAGAGGAUACUGGAGCUUAGCCACCUUGGUUCGCAGUCACAAGCUGCUGGCAGGUCGUCAUCAGGCACAGGGCGCAAGGGUGUUCCCUUCUGCGCCUUCAACGGCGGCCGAGAUGUCUUUGUGGAUAUUGGAGACAAGAGCUGGGGCGUGACGGUUUGCCAGCAGUGGUUUGGUCGUCAGGGCACCGCCAUCAGGGGUGAGAACACACUUCACGUUGGAGAUCAGUUUUUGAGCGCAGGAUCCAACGACUUCAAGGCUCGCAGCGUGGGCACAACGGCUUGGAUUGCCAGUCCCGCGGAGACGGUGGAGCUUUUGGACGAGCUGGCGGACCUGAUGCAGAAGAAGUUAUCAUGA